UUUUGAUAAAUUUUUUUGUUUAAAUUUUUAUUUUAGAUUAAUUAUCUUUAUAAAGAAUGGAUAAAGUCUACCAACCUGAGCAUCCCCUACCUGAUUCUAUUAAAAAUAUGUCACGGUGUGAAACAGUUUGUCAAUUUUGUGGUAUAAGCUAUUUGAUUCAUAGCGAAAUAAAAAUGUUGCAAUCUGAGUUAAAAGAACACAAGAGAGAGAUUGAAAGACUAAAAGAAUUUGAUGCAAGAGAGGUUUUAUUAAAAAAUGAUAUUAGCCGCUUAAAUUUGCAGUACCAAGAGCUAACUUUUGAAUAUGAGGCUACCAAGAAAAUAGAUCAUCAAAAAAGCUUGUUUAUAAUUGAAAAAGAAUCUGAAAUUUUGCUCUUUAAUGAAAAAUUACUGUCAUUUUCAACAACAAUAAAUGAAGCUAGUUUGAACUUAAGUAAUGUAAAACAUCAAGUUAUUUGUGACUUGCUCAUUCUACAGGAACUAUUAAAGAAAAUAAAAAAUGUUUUUUGUAUUAUUAUGGUGGAGUUUAAAAAUUUUCAGAAAGAAUUUUCAGAGUUGUUAGAAGAGUUUAAAUUAAAAGUAAUGAUAGAAUUGAGGAAGAACUUUGAUAUAAUAACAAAUUUAAAGAUAACAAUUGAGAAGGGUUUUAUCACAACCUUUUGGGACUAA